GCAUUUCUUUGUUUGUUUGUACGACGUGAAAAUUGCAGUGAUGUUCCAGAGUGACUCAUGAAUCAGCACUCAGAAAUGUGGGUGGCUGACAAGAACAAGGAAUAAAAGAGCGUGAAAACACUACGCCACACUUUGAGUCUGAGCCUUUACAACUAAAUGAAAACAACGCUGGUUUAGUCUUUAAAAAGUUUUUCUCUGGUUUUGGUUGGGAAAGGCAAACCUUACUGCGGGCAGAAAGGUUAGUGUCGUCAACCAACGGCCACCCAUCCUCAACCCAUGGAGGUAUAAUUCUACCUCCAUGCUCGACCCAACCCAGUCACCACCACAUUCCACUACAUGUAACAUAGGAUAAGGAAUUCGUAACGUAGACACUGUAUUACUGUACAUUGUGUAGUUAACACAAGCGAGUGAAAGGUAAAGAAAGAAGCUACCACUACCACGAAUCGACAACUCAACGUUGUGAACAACGAUCGAUUACAGCAUCUAGUCAACUGAGAUUGCAUUACAACUCAUCCAAGCAAGCUAUUUUCGAAUGUUUUAACAUUGAGACAAUCAUAAAGUGCUCUAGUAGAUAAAUCUGCCAUCAACCAACAUUCAGGCUUCAAACUAUUCCAUCAAGUGUUGGUGAAGAAUGGCAGCAACUCCGUUCCACGCUGCAGUUGUUACCCUCGCAACGUUAUUUAUCACACUGCAGUUAUUUGUGAGCGCAUCGGCGCAGCCAACAUGCUUUGUUAAACCGGACGGGGAAAUUGACUGGGGAAAUCUGCCCAGCUUGGGAGCGUUUAAGACGGUGGUGAACUAUGAGGAGGAUGGAGAACGCAGAGGGCUGCUCAGCGAUCUGGCCAGGGGGUUCGUCAAUACUGUGACGCCAAACUUUGAGCCGCUAUUGGAUUACAUAGCCGAGUUGAUCCAAAGAUUAAAUAAUUACCCAGAAACUUUUGAUGCUUGGGUGGAGGUCCAAAAGGUGUUACCCCUCACCAUAGGCAUCAUUGUUUGUCUUUGUGUGGGUCUGAUCUACCUCAUCCUCGUUCCCAUCAUCGGAAUCAUCUUCGGAUGUUGCCGCUGUUGCAACAACUGCGGCGGGAAGCGAGUACAGGAGGACUCCAGCUGUCCAGGGUGUCUCCGGGUUUACUACACCAUCUUUCUCCUGUGCAUCACAGGUGUCUUGUGUGCUGGAAUGGCCUACACUAACUUCUCAAAUGACUUCAUUGGACACUCUUAUGACACGGCUAAACCAGGUUUAAUAAACAUCACCGAAGAUGGGCAGACAUUCCUGACUGGAGCACUCGAGCAAGUGGAGUACAUCACAGAUGAUGAGUAUGACACCAUGUACUGUCUGGUAUUAAGGGAUCUUAACGAUGUUGGCAAUGAGAUCGCCGAUCCAUUGCUAGACUAUCUGAAAGAGGACGCUGGUUUGCAGGAUGCCAUGGAUGCAUUUCAAGGUGUCACGUCUGGGAUUGACAGCAUGUACGUGGCAUUAGAUGGCAUUAAUUCAUCACGCAGUGAAGUCAUUGAUGGUACAGCAGAAGUCAAGAGUUUACUUGAGAACGUGAAGGCCAAACUGGAUGCACUCGCCUGUGGCAGUUGCCCAGAUACGUCAUCGCUAGCUAAUGUCACAAACUAUAGUAUGAUUCCUGUUGUGGAUACUCAGUUGAAUCAGUCGCUAGCAGCAAAGACCCUUGCUGAUGGAUUGUAUAGCAAGUUUGAGGGAAGUCUAAACAACAUUUCUGCUGUAAUCAAUGACAAGGCACAGCCAGCAGUAGCUGACGUCAUUGCAGAGUUGGAUACAUUGAAUGCAACAGUGAAGAGCAGCUUCAACCUUAUAUCAGAUGCAGUCAAGCAGGUCAACAAAACGCUGAAGGAAGACAUUCAGGACACCCUGGAAAGUUUGUUUAAAACAGCGGACGACUACUCCAACUAUAGGUAUUACGGUUUGAUUGGAGUGACUUGCUUGACUCUACUGAUCGUCUUAUUUAAUGUUAUCGGUAUCGCCAUGGGGAGCUUUGCUUACAAAGAUGUGCUACCCACAGAGCGCACCCGAAUGUCCAAUGCUGGCGGUAACGUGCUCAUUGCGGGUGUGUUUUUCUCCCUCCUGUUUGGACCUAUUCUCAUUCUAAUCUGCAUGGUGAUGUUUACUGCGUCUGGAACGGGAACCCUGAGUUGUGAACCUCUAGCAUCGCUGCAAAUAUUUGAAAAGACCAUCGAUCAACCUGAUUACAUCAGCGAUGGGUACUUCUUGGGAGAGCAACUGCUCCAGAAUUCCUCUAUUAAAUUGACUGCUUCAUCCAUCCUGAACCAGUGUCAAGAGGACGCCACUCUCUACACAGCUCUGCAGUAUUCAACAAUAUUCACUGUAGAUGAAGUGCAAAAGCAACUGGAUGAAGCAAAGCAAGCUUCUUCAGAUAAGCUGAGGAGUGCUAUUGUAUUGCCAAAUAUAGACCUCUACGACCCAAGCUUGAAAAGCACUUUAACUGGAGCUGUUGACAGUAUUGACCUUGGAAGUAUAGAUCCAGAUACACUCAAAAUGGUGUUGGAUACGAAUGUAACAGUUGAAAAUUUGAAUGAAUUUGCUUCAAAAUUGGACAUUGAGAGCGAAAAAACUGGUAACAUUGCAAUACAGGAACAGCUUCAGAACAUCAGUCUCGAGAUACGGAGAAUUCAAAAUGACUUUGUUACUCCCAUCGAUGUCAACAAGAUGUUGAUUGUGUACAAUGCUGAGGUUCUCUAUGCAUUAAAUGAAACUCUUACAAACAACAUCAGUAACACUGCCUCUCAAUUGAGUGUAGUGGAGAAAGAAGUUAACUCAAACAACACCGAGGUACAACUACAGAAUAUAACAAUAGCGUAUGUGGACACCGUGUUCGGCUACGCUGACCAGUUUGUAGCACAUAUUGAUUACCAGUUGGCAAAGGACUUGGCGCAGUGUAAGCCAGUGCGUGAUUUAUAUGACUCUGGAGUGAACUUACUGUGCUACUAUGCCUUUGACUCAUUGAACACGUUGUGGUUCACCACGGGCUGGUGCGCCAUCUUCAUCCUCUUCUCCAUCUUCCUGGCCGUCAAGCUGGCCAAAUUCUACCGCAUCAUGGACGAGGAGGCCCUGCCCAAGGUCAAGAAGAGCAAGAAGGGAGCGUCAUCCCGGGGGCUGAGCGACCAGGAGAUGGCACUGGAGGACAUGUCUGAAGACGGCCACACAGGCCAUGAUAACAUUCGUCUUGUAGAGAGUAUCAGACAGCAAGGUGGAAUGCAACCUCAGCAGAAUCCUCACUACAUUCCAGAUGAUGUGAUCAAUGGUUAUGACAGCUACAACAAUCUUGGCCGUCCGAUGGCACCUCCUCCAGCCUACCAUCCCGGUGAGCCCCUUAAUAUUCCUCCACAUGACUAUUACUUCUAGCGCCCUCAACAUCCUCACGAACCAUUCUCAUUGUUCCACCAUGAUCGCAAUCCGUCAUCAUCAGCACAUCAGCUCAAUUUAUACCACCAUGAUCAAUUUCGUGUACAGAUAUUCUCAUUCACUCAUUUUCAUUUAGGAGAAGUUGAGAAGCAAACACUGCAUCAGGGGCCUUUCUCAAACCCCUGUUUGGGAUCCGUAUACGGCUCGGGCUCCGCUUCGAUACGCAGUGGAAACACAGCGCCUACGAACUGGCCUUUAGGCCUGUACAACUUUGAAGCAGCGUGUAUUUGCACGCAGUGAUGGUUUUGAACAUCACAAGGCGCCUGGAGUCCGCACUUGAGCCCAAGCCGAGGUUUGAGAAAGACCCCCUUGUCUCGCCCUUAUGCUAUCUAUCGAGCCUUUAGUCAGGUACCGAUGACGUGUGAACCCACCUCAUAAUGAUCUUUACCAUGUCUUCAAGGUACCACACUAAGAAGGUCACAUCUUUGUAACACUACUUAUAAGGGCUGUGGUUACAACUUAGGUCCCUGUCCACCAUUUUGAAUCCCAUGCUGAAAGCACCCAACUUUAAAACUUCUGGGAUCGCUCAAUCCUUAACCAGAGGUGUACAAAGUAGUUUCAAAAAGGUACUACGGGUGUUUUAACCAACAGGUGGUUUUUAUGUUUAACACCAAGUUAAUUUCCUGUAAUAAUGUUGAUGGCGUUUUCUCCAGUUUAUUGUAAGGUUCUGAUUUUUGUUGUCUGUUUAACAAUGUGAGACUGUC